UAUUUUGAAAGCCCCCGGCAGAGGACGCUCGUGUUUGCGGUGCUUGUCUUGACGCCUGUCUGGUUCGUACCGCUGUGGGUUUAUAAAUCUGACAAGUGACAUCAGAAGGGGGAAAGGCUUGGCCCCGCUCCCCAAGGAUAAAGUCGUGGAGGUCCUCCUGCGGGCUUUCCGUGCAGCCGACCCGCUAGAGCGCGUAUCCCCGCCGCCCAAGGAGCCACGCAGGACCGACCGGGGAGGGGAGGGUGGGGGGAUAUCAAGCUCAGCUCCUUAGCGUCAUGUUGGGCAAAAAGAAAGCGGCCCCGGCGGCGAAGAGCGGGGCCGGGACGUCCGAGUCGAAGGCCAUCGAUCCCCUGAGGAAUCUGGGAGUGCAGGAGGAUGACGACGUGAAGCGGAUGUUGCAAGGUUCCAGUAUGAUAAAGGUCCGCUCACCUCGCUGGCAGAAACGACGAACACUGAAGCUGAUGGGAGACGGCGUCACGAUCUGGUGCCAGUCCCACAAAACCUCCAGCUGGGCCAAGGAGCAGCAAUCCUUCUCCGUCAUGGAGGUGGAGUGCGUCCGCGAGGGUUUCCAGUCGGAGACGUUGCGGCCGAUGGUCGGUUCCGUCCCGGAGGAGCGGUGUUUGACGGUGGUCUUUAAAGGGCCCCGCAAGAGCCUGAAUCUCCUGUGCCAGAGCCAGGAGGAGGCUCACCAUUGGGCCCGCGGCAUACGGACGCUGCAGGAGAGGGUGGACAACAUGACUCAGAAAGAGAAGCUCGACCACUGGAUUCAUUCUUUUCUGAGUCGGGCCGACCAGAACAAAGAUGAUAAGAUGAGCUACGAUGAGGUUCAGACGCUACUGCAGAUGAUCAAUAUUGAUCUUAGUGACCAGUAUGCCCGUAGCCUCUUCCAGAAAUGUGACCAGUCAGCGGACGGUCGUCUGGACCACAAGGAGAUCGAGGUGUUUUGCAGAGAGUUGUUACGGAGACCGGAGCUGGACACCGUGUUCACGCGCUACUCUGCCAACGGCUGCGUCCUCUCCACUGUGGACCUGAGGGACUUCUUGAAGGACCAGGGGGAGGACGCUUCACUCAUCCACGCCCAGAGCCUCAUCCUCACCUAUGAGCUCAACGAGUGGGCCCAGAAGAACCAGUUCAUGACCCGCAACGGCUUCACCAUGUACAUGCUGUCUAAGGAGAACUGUGCGUUUAACCCGGAACAUGCCAGGGUUUACCAAGACAUGACACGCCCACUGGCUCACUACUUCAUCUCCUCCUCCCACAACACCUACCUCACCAAGGACCAGCUGACCGGGGACAGCAGCACAGAGCCAUACAUCCGAGCCUUGAAUCAUGGCUGCCGCUGUGUGGAGCUGGACUGUUGGGAUGGAGAUAAAGGAGAGCCAGUCCUCUAUCACGGACACACACUCACCUCCAAAGUGCCCUUCGUCAAAGUCAUCGAGACCAUCAACGACUAUGCCUUUAAAGCAUCGCCCUAUCCUCUGAUCCUGUCCCUGGAGAACCACUGCUCCGUGGAGCAGCAGACUGUGAUGGCCCGACACCUGCGCUCCAUCCUGGGAGACAAGCUGCUCACCGAGCCCCUCGACGGGUUGGAUCCUCACAAGCUGCCUUCUCCAGAGGAUCUUAAGGGUAAAAUCCUGGUGAAGGGGAAGAAGGAAGGCGCGGCGGAGAAGCCUUCGCCCACCUCUUCAGACCUCAGCUCCUCGGACGAGGAGGCCAGCGGCAGAAAGCCCGAGGACCAGAAGCUGGAUGUGUCUAAGCUGAGUCCAGAGCUGUCCCAGCUGGUGGUGUACACCCGCAGUGUUCCCUUCAAAGGCUUUGAGCAGGCAGCAAAAAGUCCAGCAACCAACAUGUCCUCUUUCUCCGAAAGUGAAGCGCUCAGGCACGCAAAGGACUCAGGGACGUACUUUGUCCGUCACAACAGCCACCAGCUGAGCAGGGUUUACCCGUCAGGCCAACGCCUUCAGUCCUCCAACUACAACCCUCAGGAGAUGUGGAAUGCAGGUUGUCAGAUUGUUGCUUUAAACUUUCAGACGCAUGGUGAGCAGAUGGACCUGAACGAGGGCCGGUUCCUGCAGAACAGUCAGUGUGGGUACACGUUGAAGCCGGCCUUCAUGUGCGAGCCCGACACCACCUUCAACCCGGAGAAUGUCGGUGGAGGUGUAGGCCAUGCACCUGUUCUGCUCAGUGUUCAGGUCAUUUCGGCUCAGCAGUUGCCCAAGCCAGAGUGGGACAAACCCACCUCAAUUGUGGACCCUCAGGUGUGGGUGGAGAUACAUGGCGUUCCCAUAGACAACGAUAAGAAGAAAACGCAUUAUGUCGACAACAAUGGCUUUAACCCAAGGUGGGACUGCACCUUCAACUUCACCAUCCAUGUCCCUGACCUGGCACUGGUUCGCUUCAUGGUGGAGGACCAUGACUACACCUCGAGCAAUGACUUCCUAGGGCAAUACACCCUUCCUUUCACGAGUCUCCGCACAGGUUACCGUCAUGUCCGACUGCUCAAGCUGGAUGGCUCCAGCCUCUCACCGUCCUCUCUCUUCAUCCACCUGAAGGUCACCCAAUGUCAGAGUAGUCCCUCAAAGUCGUCAACUCGGUCACCGGCCAAGUCUUCUGCCAAGAAGCCCUAAGUGCAUCUCUACAGUAGCAAAAAUGAAGCGUGCUGCGGACCACCCCACCCCCCCAAAAAAAACGGGCCCUAUUUAUAAAACGUAGUAAUUACAACUCUUUUUACACAUGGUGCAGCUAUAAACCUUUAGCCUGUCUAUUUUUUACAGAGAGAAGGUCUCUUUAAUCCCAAAUUUAAUGACGGUCUUGCUUUUCAGAGCACAGAUUCAGAACUCAUUGAACCAGCAGCACUCCGUUGAUCUAAGUACCACAGGUUGGUAUUAAUUUGUCUUCUUGCUAACUUCUCAAACUUUUAAGUCUCAAAGAAAUGACUUAUUUCUUAACCUCAAUCAUCUUAUUGUAGUAUAUUUUCGUCAUCUGAUAUUUUCUAAGAGGGAAUAUUAAACUUCAGACCCCGAUGCUUUGAAAGGUUGUAGAGCUUAAUAUGAGCCUAGCCUUGUUAGAGUGGACUCACUUUGACAAAGUUGUGCUCACAGCCAAGGUAAACACCAUUAAUGAUUGCAGGAUUAAUAUUUAGGACAACCAGUAACACAUUUAGAUUUUUUAGAUUUGUUUUACUUCUGCUCGUAAUAGUGUGUAACUGUCAAUGUUUACUGCUAAGCUCAUGGAGCUUAUGAUCACAUCGUACUCAUAACCAGCUAUUUAGUGACCGGGUUACUCCCGUCCUCUAAGAACAUGUUUUCAGGCUCUCAGUGUAAAUCUACAGGCUGUUCUCAUGCACUCUUUAUGGCUAAACUACACUAGCUAUGUAGUUAUAUAGAACUAAAUAUAUUGCAUAUCUUCCAUAGUCAAGUUCCAAAGUUAUUUUAACUCAAACGUUACCGGUUUGUUACAUAACCAACUGUACUUAAGUCAUUUGAACACAGGUGUUGAUUUAGUUACAUACGUAAGUUACGCUACUAGUAAUCUUUUCCUAGACCUAACCAGGUAGGUGUGUGGCAAGUUUGGGUAUGAAAACACACAAAGAAACAAUCAGACUUUUCGUUAGAUAUCACAGAAACAGUUGAUUGACGAUUUGAAACUAGGCUCAAAAGUGGAAACUUCCCCAAUACAACAGAGCAAAAGUUUAAUAAAUAACAAUGUAUGUCUGACGUGUGCUGUACAAAUGAAAGGGGCGACUGGCAAUUGAAAACCAUCUCAGUACUUUGAGAAUGUGGCGUGUAAAAUAUGAAAUGUAUUUUGAAGAGAUACAUUUUUUGUUCAAUGUUUUAUUCAUAGUAUUUUAGCUCGACACAAUCAGUAAGUGCAUCAGUGAAUGACCAAACUAUAUUAUUAAGUAGCCAUGUAGACCUUUUAUAAUAGAAAUAGACUUUGAUCUGUUAUGCAAUAGAUGUUAAUGCAGUAGUUUGCCUUAUGGUUAGCUUGUUAGACGAGACGUACAUGCACGUGUUCCAUAGUAGCAAGGACUUUUCUUAACAUUAUUUGAUUUUAUCUUUAACUUUGUGCUUAGAUGUAGAGUGCAAUCCUGGCCACUGUGACAUAAAUCAUUUUUGGUAUGUAUUAACAGAUUAGAAGACAUGUCUCCAUGCCAGACAUCAUGCUGUUAAGUCACCUGCUGUAGCGUCUGUUAAAGUUUUAUUUUUUAGCUGGUUUUAGAACAUUUGUGCUCAACUAUAAAGAAUUAUGAAUAUUUAUAUUUUAGGACAAUUUAUUUAAUAAUCCUAUGUUAAAGAAAAAGGUUUACCUUGUACUUUGAUUUUGUUUUGUUGGAGCUGGUUCAGGACAAUUCAUAUUUUGUUGAUUUUCAUGGAACAGAAAAAACUAUGAAUAUUUAUAUGAGAAUGAUCUAAUGAAGAUGAAGAAUAGAAAGAACUGUUGGUAACACUUCCUGUUACGCCAAUGUUGUUAUAUAACUAUAAACACAUUUGUAAUUUGCAUUAUAAUUUGCUUAUACCACACAUCAUAGUUAUAAGUACCCAUAGUUGUACAAAUGUAAUAUUCCGGUUUGCUUUACCUUUUUUUUAAUCCAUAACUAAAUUAUAAUGCAUUUUAAAAAGGGAUUAUGGGACUUAAAAUAGAUUCAUGUCAUUAAAAAAAUGAUUCUUAAGUAAUAUAUAUAUAAAAUGUCUGUUGCAUUGUUAUGAACCGCUGUGAUUAUUGAUGAGUGCCUUUAACUAUAAUUGUACUGUUAUAUAAGCAGAUUAUAAGUAUGCUUAGACGGGUAGAUAGACGAAGGGAUAAGAAAUCAUCUUCAAUCAUCUCUACAUUUUUAAAUAAUAACUAAAAGAUGAUUCUAAAUAAGUUUUGCAUUAUGAAAAGACUAUUAAAGAGACAAUUUGUCAUUCUUCAUCAGUUAACAGCUCUUAUAAAAUUGGGCCAUUGCCAGAGUUCAACAAUCUCAGACAAACUCCAGCCCUGUGACUGAUGUUUUAGGAGCUGUAAGUUUACAUGCUUAAAGACUGAAGGUGUGUUUUUUAACUGGACCAUGCCAUGAUAACCAAAAACUAACCGUCCAAAUCCAAAGAAUUAAAAUCAUUGUUUUUUAUUUAAUACAUUUGAAGUAUUAUACUGCUUCCCUUUGUUAUAAACCAGCUGUAUAAUUGUGAUUGUGAUUAUUAUUUAUUCAAACAGGUAAUAAACACAAUGAAAGAAACUUUGAAAAUUGAAGAAAGAGAAGAAUCUAUGCCAGAUAGUUUUAGAGUAUUGAUCUUAUGAUGAUCCAUACUGUAAACUGACACUUCCAAAUGACAUGUUUUGUUUUUUAAAGUGAAAAAAAAAGAACUAAAAGUUCAUCAUUUAA